AUGUCCUUCCAAACACCCUCCGACGUCUCCGUCAUCAUCUCCACGCCCACAUCGUCAGCACCAACCUCCGAACUCGCUACAGAGCGCCGCAUCACCCCAUCAUGGACCAUCCCGCAGCUCAAGGGCAAACUCGAGACCAUGACCGGCGUGCCGCCGGGCAGCCAGAGACUCCUAUUCAAGUCUCCUAGUAGACCGGAUCAAUGGAUCGAGGGAGGCGACGAGAGGGUGAUUGGGGAGUAUGGAUUGGCGAGGGGCUGCGAGAUUGAAGUCCACGACACGCGCCCCCCAGCAGCGCGACCCAAUUUCUCCGAUCUGUCGAGUGUCGAAAAAUACGAACUUCCCAGCGACAAAUACGAGUCCCUAUCCAACUCGGUGCUGGCAUGGAAAAAGGCGCAGAAACUAGGCCGCUUCGAUCCCAAUGCUCCUUCUCCCGAGGAAUUGCUGCAUGAGCAGGUCGCCAAGGACAGCGCUGAGAUUGAGAAGAGAGGUAUCAAACUGCUCGCCCGCGCCAUCGUGCUUCCCUCGUCACCACCACAUAUCCGCCGCGGCACAAUUCGCUAUGUUGGGCCGAUCCCCGAAAUUCCGUUUGCGCCGCUCAACAAGUCGGCGGCGGCUCCAUCAUCAUCAUCAGACAUGCUGCAGCCGUUGUGGGUGGGGAUUGAGCUGGAUGAGCCCACAGGGAAGAAUGAUGGGAGUAUAGCCGGGAAGAGGUACUUCGAGUGUGCGGGCGGUAAUAGGGGUGUUUUUGUGAAGCCUGAGAAGGUGGAAGUAGGCGAUUUUCCGCCGUUGGAUUUGGAUUUAGAUCUGGAAGAUGAUGAUAUGGAGGAGAUUUAG